AUGGCAGGUCAAGAUGCGAGCACCUCCGAAGGUGUUAGUCGUACCUCCACGACGGCAACUGCGCGGACGCCACCGGAACGGGUACGAGUGUCACCAUAUCCAGUGCGAGUUCGUACGCUUGUGCGAAACACUGUGUACGAUCCUGCGAGCUCGGGCCUCUAUCGUGUGGAAGGGCGAUCUAUCGUGAAAACGACCAGCACGCAACGUGACGCCUCUGGGGACACGCUUGACAAUUUUGUGGCUAGUGGUUCUUCGUUUCAGGCUAUUUUGAAGAACCUCAGGCGCGUAGACGGAGAGCUUCGCGAGUGA